AUGCUGCCAUCGUUCAGAAACGUGUGGGAAAUCCGGGACGCUCUCGCGGUAGCCCACGAUCGUCAGGCAGACCGACUUCAGCGGGAGCGUGUCCUGUGGGCGAAAAGCGGCAAGCAUGAUGACCCGCCAGACGAUCGUUUCCUGACCAAAGAGGAUCUUCUUGGGCUCCCACCGCCCGAUAUUCGACAGUCGAGUAGUGCCUACGCGGAGCUUCAAGCUAUGCAGGGGUUCGACAAGGUCAAGAGGGCGGUGGAAGAGCUCAUAGAUCUCGGAAGGAUAAACUACUGCCUCGAGAUGGGCGGCAAAGAACCAAUCCAGUUCAGCCCGAACCGCGUCUUUCUUGGGCCGCCGGGGUCGGGGAAAACAACCGUCGCCAAGCUCUUUGGUCAGAUCGUCGUUGACACUGGGCUCGUUUCAAAGACCAGGGUUGUAGUAAAGGAUCCUAACGACUUCAUCUCAAACUGGAUUGGCGGUGUGCAGAAGAACACAUGCAAUAUCCUCGACUCAACCAGGGGCAUGGUACUCAUCAUCGAUGACGCGCAUGGGCUAUGCCCGAGUUCUGACCUCGGCAGAUCUGUCUCGUCGAGCGAUCGAGCAUUGUUUACCAUCUUGGAUACGCUCGUCGCCAAGACAUCGACCGAUCCCGGGCAAGACCGCUGCAUCAUCAUGUCGGGCUAUGCGGAGCAGAUGCACGACAUGUUCCACAGGGGCAAUCCUGGACUGCGGAGCAGAUUUCCACCAGAGGACGCCUUCGAGCUUGGAGACUACGAGGUGCCAGAGUUGAUGGGAAUCUUGGACGCGAAACUGGCAAAGGACGGCAUUGACGCAACCGAGCAAGCGAAACAGGUGGCCUCGCAGGUUCUUACGAGAGCUCGAGAUCGUCCGGGCUUUGGCAACGGCAGAGACGUCCAUAACUUGGUGAAUCGCGCGAGGGCAUCGCUGAAGCAGCGGAAUGGGCAAACCGGCCAGCCGCCCGGGGAUGCUGAAAGAGCCGCAGCGCUGGCCGUCUCGCUCGACGCCGACCUGCACAGACGCCUUGUGUUGGAGCCUCAGGAUUUUGACUCUCAUUGGGACCGAUCAUCGGCCGCGGGCCGGAAGAGCAGGGACUUGUUCAAAGAGUUUGUGGGCUUCGACGCGGUCAUCGAGCAAUUCCAGGGGUACCAAGAGAUGGCGGCUGGAAUGAGGAUGCACGGCAAGGAUCCUCGCCCAAACAUACCCUUCACGUUCAUCUUCAAGGGUCCACCAGGGACAGGCAAGACAACGACGGCGAGGAAGCUGGGGCAAAUCUUUUACGACAUGGGAUUCCUUGCCAGCGACGAGGUGAUUGAAUGCUCAGCGUCGGACCUUAUCGGGCAGCAUCUUGGUCACACGGCGCCGUUGGUGCAGAGCUUCCUCGAGAAAGCUCUGGGAAAGGUUCUCUUCAUCGACGAAGCGUAUCGCCUCGGGCUAGGAGCCCGCGGGGUUCGCUCGGGGACCUCGUUCGAGGAAGAAGCGGUGGGAGAGCUGGUGGAUGGACUGACCAAGUUGCGAUACGCCCAGCGGCUGUUGGUUAUUCUCGCGGGGUACGGGGAAGAGAUGGACAUGCUCAUAAAGUCCAACAGGGGCCUUCGCGGCCGCUUCGCCAGAGACAUCGUCUUCCCACAACUCACCCCGGUGCAGUGCAUGAAGUUCCUCGGGCAGCUGAUUGGCAAAGAGGGCAUCAUCAUCAGAGACAAGCCCCCGCCGAGCACCGACAAGAAGGACAAGGUCCAUAGACUCAUCAAGAAGCUCGGCGCCACGAGGGAUUGGUCCAACGGACGAGACAUUGAGACGUUGGCCAAGAGUGUCGUUGGAGAGGACAUGUUGAGAUGUCGACUGGCUGGCGAGAUGACAACCUCGCCCGCAAUCCGCGAGAGGUGUCCUUUCCGAGGGCCACCUUUGCACCCGGACGACAAGGUGGAUUCCAGCCAGGCCGCCGUGGCAUCCUCUGGAGCCUUGCAAAACUUGACCUCGUACCUCAACGGGACCCUGGCCAACCUGUCGUCCGUCUUGCACGAGUCGACCGAGUACAUCUCCGGCACCCUCGGCGUUCCGCCAGGGUUCGUCUACAGCAGCCUCGCCGCCCUCGUCGCGGUGCCCAUCACAAUGUCGCGAUAUGGCUGGUCCCUGAGGCGCGACCAGAGCUCUCCCUACAGCUCUCUGUCGGGCGGCGUCCCUGCCGUGACCGACGACGACUUUAGCUACAUUACAUCCCAGGACCUGGACGAUGCCCCCAUUGGCUCGUCCAACCAUCGCCACCACCACCCCAGGUCCCAAUCGGCCGCUCCACCCGCGCCCGAGGAUGAUGUCCUUCUCGUCAAGAACAAGGGCGUCACGUACCCGUCUCGCUUUCCCGCCUACUCAAUUGGCGAUGGAAAGCUGCGCGUCAGGGAUGUCCGGGAACGCGCAGGCCUGAUGAUGGAACUGUCGGACCGAGCCAUGCGCCGUCUCAAGCUGCUGUACAAGGGCAGGGAACUCAAGGAGGCCGCCGCGCCAGUCCGCGACUACGGAGUCAAGAACAAGAGCGAACUCAUGGCCGUGCUUCCCGACGUCGGCGACGAGAGCAGUCAGUCCGAGGAAGAAGUCGUCAUCGUCGACGCCAAGUCGCGACAUCGUAAGAAGAGGAAGCCCAAGAAGAGAAGCGACUGGAACGACGGCGACUCUGCGACCAGCCCCCGCGAGGGCAACUCACACUCCAGGUCACCUCCUCCGCCUGCGUCUGGCAGCGGUCCGUUGAAGCAAAUUGACGACUUGGCCAUCGAGUUCAAAACCAAGUGGCUGCCGCUCUGUGUCCAGUACACCGCGGCACCGCCCACAGACCCCAAGAUUCGGGAGGAGGAGCACAGGAAGCUGUCAGAAAUGCUGAUGCAGAGCAUCCUACUGAAACUUGACGGCGUUGAGACGGAGGGCAUUCCGGAAGUAAGGGCGAGGCGGAAGGAGCUGGUGCGCUCGGUCCAGGACGUCCUUAAGGGACUCGACGGCGCAGCAAAGUCUGCAUAA